CUCCAGCUAAAAGAAGGCUAUCGCUAUAUUAUCACUAUAUAUCUCUCUCUUUGCGAAAUCAAUCAAAAACCAUGAUUCCUUAACCUGCGCACAGCGUGGGGUGCAGGAUAUGCAGCCAUGGAAGCACCUAACAAUUCCUUUGUAUCCAAAGCGAGGACCGCCUUGCAUUCCGCUGCUGCGAAAGCGGAGCGAGUUUUCUCUGACUUCAAGUCCGAUCGAGAUUCGGAUAAGCAAUCGCCGAAGAAUUUGAUUCAAGUGAACGGGGCUGAAUCUCUAAAUAACGAUGGAGAGUCAAAGCAGUUGAAGUGGAGACCGGCACAGAUAAAGACAAAGCAGGAUUGGCAGGAAAGGCUGAGAAACAUUACAAUUGGGAGAAAAGGAGACGAAGAAACUGAGAAAGCUGAAAACUCAAACAUGUUUUACGAUGAGAACUUGUACUUGCUGAAUAUGAAAAAUGACCAAGAAGCUAAGGCUGCGGAAGCAAUUCCUUCGGUAGAAAGUUUCAGCGCUGCAAACAAUGGGCUUGUUCCUCCACUAUCCGCUAUAAGACAAUUGGCCAUAGCUGUUGAGGCCGGAAAGAAGUCCAAAUCAAUGAAAGACUUCUUGGCAUCAUCUGGAGGUUCUUCACCUGCCAGAGAGAGAGGAGGCCUAAGUCUCUCAGUGGUGAAGUCAUUAGUGCUUCGUGAUAAGGAGGAUAAGCUUACAUCUGAGUUUGGUAGCAAUGAUAAGGUUUUAUCUUUGAUUCGAUCACUGUUUAAUGCAGAUGGAACUUUUCUCAAACGGAAGAUUGGCUCUGGUUCAGAGGCAAUUAGUGUGACAUCUUUUCCAAGAGACAUACAUGGUGCACCUCCCCAAAGCCUCAUUGUAAAGGUAGCUGAAGUUAUUGGGAGCUUCAAAAAUGUCAAAAAGAUGGCAUUGUUUUGGUGCAGAGUUGUUGCUGAACUGAGGAGACUUUCGUUGGAGGAAAAAUAUAUACCUAGCAUCCCUCUUGAUGAGAUUCCAGAUCUAAAUUCUUGUCUUCUUUAUCAACAACUGCAAGUUAUUAAUUGUUGUGUUUCACGGAAAAGCCGCAGAGACAUUGCCAAUCAGUCAUUAGACUCGGUCAUAAAGGGAACCGGUGCAAACUCUGAAGAAUCAGCUGCUCCCAAAGAUGUCAUUCCAGCGAGUGCUAUAUUAUAUGCUAGAAUCAAUACUGGCGAACUUGUUCUUCGACUAGGUGCUGAUUGCCCAUCUGGUGAUCUAACAAUGUUGGAAACUGGGGAACCUGUGUACUCCCCUGUAACCCAGGAAGGACCCUUACUUACUGAAGAUCUUAUCAAAGAAACAGAGGAGUUUGUGCUUCGAACUGGGAGCGUUGGUGCUGGAUGUUCGCAACUCCUCUCUGACAUGCAGGCUUUCAAGGCUGCAAAUCCUGGUUGUAUUCUGGAAGAUUUUGUUAGGUGGCACUCUCCUCCUGACUGGACUGAAGCUGAGCCGAUUAAUGAGAGUAAAGACCAUCCGGAUGAUGGUGACACAUUGUCUACAAGAGGUCAACUAAGUACACGAAUGCAGAAAGCAGGUAAUUUAUGGCAUGAGCUGUGGGAAACAGCAAAACCAGUUCCAGCUGUUAAACAAGCUCCCCUCUUUGAUGAGGAUUUGGCAGUGGAAGGUAUUCUGGCCGCUUUGGAGGACAUACCACCUUCUGAGCUUUUUCAGCAAUUGUUUAGAUCAUUACUGGGUUUAGGAUUUGUUAUAGCGGAGGCUACACUGCCUACCAACAGUGAUUUGUUGAAGCUAUUCUGUGAGUGCAAAGACUAUGCGGCUGCAACUUGUCAAUCUAGCAUCUUUAGCGAAAAAAUUGAUGAUCUUUGCCAGGUAUAUGAAACAGUGGAAGGAAUGCUAUGCAAUCCCGAGGAAGUUCUAAGGAUUAUGAAGCAGGCGGAAGAGGCAACGACCCCUGCGGGUGAACCGAAACGUCUGUUUAAGAGGCUCAACCUCAACUUUGGCGGAAAAGAUAGGCACUUCAGAAAACCGCUUUCAAAAGAACACAGAAGUCCAGAAGAGAAUCGGAAUGGGCAACCGUUUUCUAGUUUCUUCGAUGGCAAGUCAUCGUUAUUUUCGAAAAAGCCUCCUAAAGCUGGAAGUAUGUCUCCCGCUGAAAAGCCAACUUUAGUUGAAAAUGGUUGGACAGUGCUUUAGGCACAUACGCGUUUUGUCUUUAGGUUGUAACAUGAUUGGUUUUGCUCACAAGUGUAAAUUAUUCAUACAAAAAAAUUAGGGGGAAAAAAAGGUCAUUGGGGUUCCUAUUAGCAAAGAUGAAUUUCUUGUCUGAUUACAGACGAAUGAGAAAAUGGAAAUGCAUUUUUUUAUUUUUUAUUUUAACAAUAA